GCUCUCCUACUUUGCUGUUUUCGACGGCCACGGUGGAGUACGAGCAUCCAAGUACGCAGCACAGAACCUUCACCUCACUCUUGCCCGGAACUUCCCCAAAGGUAACAACACUGUUACAGAAAAUAGGAACUCCAACACUUCAUCUAAAAUCCAAGCUCAGUAGGCCAGCUGGUAUCCAGUCACUUAUAGGACUGACUAUAUGGGAGCUGGUUUAGUCAUGGAGAUGACAACCUGAUCAGAUGUGAGUGGAGUUUACCCCUGAAGAUGUUCUCUGGAGAAGUGAGUAGCAUAGAGAAGACUAUUAAGAAAUGCCUUCUAAUGACCUUCAAGCAGACGGAUGAGGGCUUUCUCAAGCAGGCAUCAAGCCAAAAACCCGCUUGGAAAGAUGGAUCUACUGCCACAUGUGUCCUGCUGGUGGACAAAGAUUUAUAUGUUGCAAAUCUUGGUGACAGCAAGGCCAUUCUGUGUCGGGUGAAUGAGACCAGCAAGAAAUUGAUGGCCUUGCCACUGGUGAAAGAACAUAACCCAACCCAAUACGAUGAGAGGAUGAGAAUUCAAAAAGCCGGGGGCACAGUUAGAGAUGGUCGGGUGAUGGGCGUAUUGGAGGUGUCACGUUCCAUUGGAGAUGGACAGUACAAGCACUGUGGCGUGAUAUCAAUACCAGACAUUAGGCGCUGUCAGUUAACGCUCAAUGACAGGUUUAUUCUCCUGGCUUGUGAUGGAUUAUUUAAAGCUUUCACCCCAGAGGAAGCUGUUCAGUUUGUUUCAGCAAUACUUGAGGACAAGACUCUGACUGCAAGGCCAGGGAAGUCGGCACAGGACGUGCAGUUUGAAGCUGCCUGUAACAGAUUGGCCAGUGAGGCAGUCCGCCGGGGCUCUGCGGAUAAUGUCACCAUCAUUUUGGUCGCCAUCAGGCAUUGACAUGAGGACCCUGCCUCAAUGAGAAUAUCUCGUAGGUGAAUACAGGUGUCCAGGAGGAUUUGCCAAUCUUGAAGGGAAAAGAUGGGACAACCUCAGGACACUUCAGAAAUUUAAAAGUAAAAUGCUUAACUUUUAUUUCCUUACUCCUCUCAUCUGAUAUUGUCGAGUUGCCAACCUGCCACUGACCAACACUCCUAGAUGUAAACAUCCGUGCACCUGACAAUAGCAGAGAUCCUUUAUUUUUGUCUCCAAUAACCCAAUGGUGGAGCUGCUGCCUCCUCUGUUUAGUAAGCUGAACCAAUUCUUGUUUUUAAAAAAAAAACUUUUUCUCACCACUCAAUCACAUGGCGGAACAGAGUUGACUUGGCAACAUUUCUCUGCACCUGCUGGUGUUGGAAUGCUAACGUGUGCAUGGAUAGAAGGGCCAAGGAGUACGGCCUGUACACAGACUGGCUUGCGGCCACUCUUGUCUGAGACAGUGGUAGUUUUGAGAAAUAACAUCCAGAACCAGAUGCCAGGAAAGGAUUUUGAAGUCCUCCAUCCCAGACUGUAAUGUGUGGAAGUCUUUAAUGAGUUCAAGAUUCUGUUUUAUAUACUGUUAUUGUCGCCUCGUUUGUUCAUGCUGGUGUUGAGGUCUGUUGUUGGUUGAAUCCUAGUUAAAGUUGUUUCUUUUCCAAAUGGUUUGCUGUAACAUCUCAUUUCAGUACAAGCACUGACAUGUUAUUUUGUUGUCCAACACCUUCUAGUGGUGGUUCCUAUCAGUGCCUUCUCUUGCAGAAACAUACAUGAGGAUAGUUGCUCAGACCCUAAUUACAUUACAGUACAUGGUGAAGCAAAAUUGGGCAGUAAUGAGACAAUGAGCAAGUGCGCACUCUGGUGCAUUUUAGUAAUCCACCUUAUCUUUUUCCCCACAAAGGCUAACCUUUUAAUACAAUGAAGCUCUCUUUCCUUCUCAUGCAGAGCUGCUGCUUCACCUUGUGCAGGAUGGCAUUAUGACUGUUAACAUCAAUAAUAGAUUAGCAGCCCUGACUACAGAGCUACUGAAUUCUGCUUCAUCUCCAGCCGUAAACAAUCAAAGAGCAAUGCAGCACAGGAGGCUAUUCCAGCCCAUUGAGCCGGCAAUUACUCUUUCAUGAUCAAUCCAGUCAGUUCCUUCCCCAGCUCCCUGCAGAUUUGAGUGUUUUUUUUCCAUUUCCGUUGUGAAUGCUAGGGUCUUAUCUGUGUCCACCACCCUAUCAAGCAGUGUAUUCCAAAUCCUAACCGGUUACUGCAUGAGAAAAUGUUCCACUUGUUCCUUUGCCUCAAAUCUCUGUCAUCUGGGUAUUGAAUCUUCAGUCACUGCAAACAAUUUAUACUUAAUUAUUCCACCUCCCAUAUUUCUUGCAAAUCUCCUCUUAGUCUUCUCUGCUCUUAGGAGAGCAAUCUCAACUUAUCCGAUCUGCUCCCACAAUUUUAAACGCUCAUCCUCUGAGCCGUUUUCAUAAACCUCUUCAGUGACCGUCUUCAUCAUUGCUCAAUCUUUCUGGUCCUGAAACCUGACCCGUUUCAUGUCCCACUUACUUUACAUGGCUGCUGCAGUUGUAUUUGUACAGUGCCCUUAGGUCAGUAACAACACACCAGGCCUUUGGUUCAUGGCUUUUGUAGGGAAUUGAAGCAUGUCUCAAGGUCAGGAGUGGAAAAGAAAUUCCACAUCAUAGAAUCACAGAGUUAUUGUGGUACCAUAACAGACCAUUCAGCCCAACAGGCUCUCUAAACAUGUUAAAAUUAGUUCCUUCUGCUGCCUUUUCCCUGUAAUUUUGCAUUAAAAUGAAAUUUAACUUACUUGAUAUGUAAGUAUACCAUUGCUGCAGGAUAUUUUUAAAAGCGAACCCCUCGCAACCAACUGGGCCUCGCAACCAACACUCAUGAAUGGUCCUCACAGGCAACUUCUAAUGCUGUCAAUAAUCAGUAAACACUGGGUCCCCAGUGGUCAUUGUUUCAGAGGCAACAGAAGUCUCGAAGUUUUCCCCUUCUCCUCCCUCCCCCACAGUCCCACCACCACCCCUGUCAUGGGAGGCCAUCUGCUUCUAUGGUACCAGGAUGGUUCUGUUUACCUGACUUUGGGACCAGUAUUAGAUCUAUUAGGGAAAUUAUAUGCGAGUUCCACAUGAGGCCAAAUAAUUUAUGGAAAUGAAAACAAAAUACUCUGCAUGCUGGACAAUGGGAAUAAAAACAAAGUAGUGGAAAAGCUCAGUGGGUUUGGCAGGAUCUGAAGAGAGAAACAGAAUGAAAUGGGAAUGACCCCAACCAUUCAGUUGCUUGCUGUUUCAAUAAACCAUUUUGCUCCCAUGCUGAUAUUUACAUCCUUGACUUGCUGCAGUAUUCCAGUUGAGCUCAACACAAGCUUUAUAGUCUCUUGGACUCAAUAUUUAGUUCAGAGCAUUACCUCUUGUACUCUGUUUUUCUGACAUCGCCCCGAGCUGGGUCUCUCACUGUUAUGUGGAUACAGAUGUUUGCACCAUACCUGACUAUUUUGAUAAGAGUUGAGUAAAAAGUGCUUCAGUUUAAAAGUAAUGUGAUCUCAGGACCUCAACUAUCACCAUUUGUAGUCAAGAACGCACGGCCUUCAUAUCAUUUGUCGUGACUACUGACUAACAAUGACAAAAUAAAUAGGAUGUCCCAGA